UGAUUUUGGAUUUUCCCAAAGGUCAGCCAGACGGACAGACAGACAGACAGACCCUGGGUCAUCGUCCACUUUGUGGCCUUCCUCCUCCUAUCUGACAUCGCAUUUCCGCUGUUGCCGUCGUCCCCCUCCGUCGCUUCGGCCCAGAUACAAGGGCCGCAAAAAGGGCAGGUCGAUCAUGUCGGCCAUGACGACGAGGCCGAGGAGGGCAGAGCACUACCACUCGAGGGCCGACGAGGAGGAACCGACAACACCGAGGAUGAUGCUCGACGGAUCAGGUGUGGGAGCAGGAAGACGAAUGAUGGGCGAUGCUUUCAGGUCCUCAUCACCAGAGGGCAGCCCGUUGCCGACACCCCCCAGACCAAGGAUUCCAGACCUGCUCAAAAGUACGGGUACUGGCGGCGUACCAUCGGCGGGAGGUGGUGCUCCUGGGCCGAGCAGUCGAGCCUUUAACAAUCGGGUGCAUCGGACCCUCGGCUCCUCGACGACGACGACAGCAGCUGCUGCCCGAGCUAGGCCGGGACGGUACGAAGCCAAGGUGGAUGACGAGGGAGAAGGUGAUGACGGAGAUGAAAGCCCGGGAGUAGCAAGGCGUGCUGCCGCCCCGGCCCACUCGUCGUCGUCGCCAAGCCUUCGAGCUCAAGGUCUGUCGAGCAGAUACACAACAGUCGACGGCAACUCGAGCCCUUCGUCGCUAGCCAACAGCCUCGGAACGGCGCAUCGACAUCUGGGUGCCCAUCUGGGAAUGACAAAGCAUGCAGAGCCUUAUCCAUCGACGCGGCCCACCCUCUCGUCAAAGCGGGUGGUGAGCUACGAAGAGACUUCCAAGUCGCGGCUAGCUUCGCAAGAUGCGCCCAUUCCCACCCGGUCGUCCAUGGCAUCUCUUGCGCAGACCGUCGACGAGGAAGAAUGGAAGAACUCUCAGCCUGACCGGCUAGCGGCCACCUCGGCGACAUCGGCUGCAGCGAGGACAUCCCGCCCCAAUGGCCUGGCUCGGCGAUUGUCGAGCAGAAGCAGCAUGGGUCGCUCGACACCCAGCCCACCGCCUCGAGGUCAGUAUUCCACUGCAGCGCAAGAUUAUUCAGCCGAGGAUGAUCAAUAUCACCACGGAGAUGAGGCAAUCGACGAAGAUGCACCACGGCGACGAGACUUUGGGCUAGAAGGAGGGGCCAGGAUGCUCAAGCGGAGCCAAGACGAGCGUGACGAAGACCGUCACCCACGCUCCACCUCUCAGUCGCCACCAAAGCAGAGUCAGAUGGAAUUGAACGGGCACAGCUAUCAGACGCCGGCGAUGGGAACCGGCGCGAGGACAAUCACUUCGAAAGGAGCAGCAGCGGCAGCGGCCGGGUCACGGAGUGUGGCACGCUCAGCAGUCAAACGGUACGGGCGAUCAUCUAUCCACACCAAGACCAACGUACGCAAACCGGCUGCAAGACGUGUCAACUGCUACAAAGAAGAGGAGGAAGAGGAAGCUGGUGCUGGCGACGACCAGCCGCUCGACUCGCCUCUCUUGGACGAGGGCGAUCGUCACUUGGGCUCGUCUACUGACCUGACGCCAGAGAGUGCGAAUGGCGGCUCUGGCGAGCGACGCUCAGGGCGAAGAAUGGAGAGCAGAAGCAGAGCUACGCCGCCUCCCCUCGUCAUGCCCGACGAUGCUCACCGUCAGCGAGCACGCUUCGAAGAGCCAGCUUCAGGCAUCAAGGUGCCUCUAGGGGCCGACGAGGACGACGAUGCAGAGGAAGACCCGGUGAUCUCUGCGAGAGAGAACAUCGACUCACUUCUGCACCAUCGCCAAAAGAAGUCAGCUGCUAUGCACGACAUCAUCGCGGCAAAGGUCCCAUCGCAACCGCAGCACAACGGACCUCAUGCUGCCCGUAGGCCGCUGCAUCCCAUCGACCAGCACCAAGGCCUGCUGGCUGGUCCUGCUCGUGGACCGAGCGACUUUGUCGGAGCGUCUGCUGCACCACGAGAGGAUGCCAGUGCCGCUGCUUCCAUGGCCACCACAGACACUCUCGACGAGCACGACUUUACCGCACGUAUCUGGGAAGAGGUGGCUCGACAGCGCACGAGAGUAUUCCCCGAGAAGCUCCUUGCCAAGCUCAACAAGGAAAAUUCGGAGCUCAAGUUCAACAACCUGCGCUUCAAAAAGGUAUCCAAGGCGGGCACUGGAGGCUUUUCGACCGUCCAUGCUGUCCAUGGACCGCUGGCCGUGGCAGCAGAGGGAGCAAGCAGCAAAGAGUGGAUCGUGAAGCCAGGCGAGGAGCAGGGCUUUUUCGCCCUCAAGGUUGUCACACUCAAGAAGCUGGAAGAGCAGAGCAGGGCAGAAGUCAAGCAGGAGGCGGAGCUGCUUGCACUCCUCGCCACCAAGCCGGACAAUGACCGGUACAUUUUGCGCUACUUUGGGUCAAAGUGCUCUAGCAACAGUCUCAAGAUCCUUCUGGAGCUGGGCGACGAAGACUUUAGCCGGAUUCUGUGCGACAAGUAUCUCACUCAGGAUGAGAUUCGCAAGUACUUUCGGCAGAUGCUCGAGGCGGUCCACUUCACCCAUGAACAAGGAGGCAUGCUCCAUACCGAUUUGAAGCCAGCCAACUUCCUCAUGUGCAACGAGCGACUGAAGCUCAUUGACUUUGGAAUCGCCCAGAAGAUUCCCCUGGGCACAGUCCACAUCCGACGAGAUGCUAUGAUUGGUACGCCAAACUACAUGGCACCCGAGACGGUCCGAACGGCGCGCGAAAAGGACUCGAGAAAGGUGUACAAGAAUGGCAAGGCCAGCGACGUCUGGAGUCUGGGAUGUAUUCUCUACCAGAUGGUGUACGGCCACCCGCCCUUUGACAGAUUCCGCGGUCCAGACGAGAAGUUGAGGGCCAUUGUGGACGCCAAGACGCCUAUCGACUAUCCGCGCACGCGCAUCUCAGCAGAGUACGACAUUGCGUCUGACGAGGUCCGCAGCGCAGAGGACGACCAGGAGCACGAUCGGGACGAAGCAGGAAACAGGCGAGGCUACGAAUACGAAGAGGUACCCCAGGACCUCAUCGCUUGCAUGCGAUCGGCCCUCGAGUUCCGGCCAGAUGACCGCGCCACGAUUCCGGAACUGUUGAGGGACGCGUGGGUCUACAGCGGCAGCGCACGGGAGGAGAAGGACGUGCUCGACUUUGAGAGCGAGAGGCGUGGAGCAGAGGGCAGCGAGACGAUCGAGGUGGAUCGUGAGCUACUUAGGAGUAUCAUGAGAAAGGUGAUGGGCUACACGCGCGAGGGCGACUUGACCGAGGAAAACCUCGAUGAGAGGGCCGAGCUUCUCUUCACCAACGUCAGAACCAAGCAGGCGAGGACACGGCGCUAGAGAGUCGGGAGCAUGCCAGGUCCAUCCAAAACAAGAUUGUCUCACCAUCGUUGUGCACACGCAAGAUCAAGACUCAAGCAACUUCUUUUCCACCUUUUCUUACGACAAACAUACCUCUCACAUUUUCAUUCCCUUUUUCUCUACCAUAAAUGCAAUCUAGCGCGAUGGAUGACGAGCCAAAGGAAGCGGUUGAGUGAGAGAGCGACAAUGAACAGAUCAAGCGUGCCUGCCCAGCCUCUCCAAGCUCUGUGGUCCUUGGUCGUACCACUCCUGUCUCGAGAUCCAGAAUGAGUCUCUGGACUUCAUGAUAUCGGCCAGUACGGCGCCACCGAGGAAGACCAUGU